UUUUUUAAUUUCACAACUGUGUGCUUUCUUAAUUUGAUACAAAGGUGGUGGUGAUGACUAUUCACCUGCACCACCACUUUAAUUCCUCAUGUUUUCUCUAUUCAAGAUAUUUUUGCAUUUUCACCUACUUGGUCAUAUACCAUGUUUCAACUUUGAAGACUCUUCUCAAUCUUGAAAAGACAUAAGAAAAAACAUAGUCUUUUAUGUAAUGUUUAAGGACAUGGGCAUGAUCAUAGGAUUCAAAGUUUCGAUUUUUAUGUUGUUGUCUUUCUUCUCUUUCCUCUGUUUUUAUCCUCUGUUUUUGCAUGCAGCCAACUCCAUCAAACAGAACGAAUCUAUCAAAGAUGGUUCCACUUUAGUGUCAGAAGGUCUCAAAUUCGAAAUGGGUUUCUUCAGUUUUGACAACUCCUCUUCGAGAUACGUUGGAAUUUGGUAUCACAACAUUCCAACUUCAGCAUACGUUUGGGUUGCAAACAGAGAAAAACCCAUCAGAAAUAGAGAAGGUUCCAUCACAAUAAAAAAUGAUGGAAACUUGGUUGUUCUUGACGAUAACAACAGUGAGGUUUGGUCAAGUAAUAUAUCAAUUCAGACAAAAAAUUCUUCAGUUGUUCUUCGUAAUGAUGGAAACCUUGUUCUUUCAGAUGCAGAAGUUGGAAAAGAGAUUUGGCAAAGCUUUGAAGAACCAACUGAUACAUACCUUCCAGGUAUGAAAGUUCCAGCAAGUGGUGGAAAUGGAAUUGAGAAGAAUCAAAAUCCAACCUUUUGGUCAUGGAAAUCAACAAAAGAUCCUUCCUUUGGAAACUACACAAUGAGUGUUGAUUCUGAUGCAUCACCACAGAUUGUGGUAUUUGAAGGAGAAAAAAGAAGGUGGAGAAGUGGUUAUUGGGAUGGUAGAGUAUUCACAGGUGUACCAAAUAUGACAGGAAGUUAUCUUUUUGGUUUUAGACUCAACACAAAUGAUAAAGGUGGAAGGUAUUUUGUGUAUGAAGCAUUGAAUAAUAGUGAUAAGAUAAGGUUUCAGAUUGGUUGGGAUGGAUAUGAGAGACAAUUAAGGUGGAAUGAAGAUGAAAAAGAAUGGAAUGUGUUGCAAACUGAGCCUUCUAAAAAGUGUGAGUUUUAUAAUUCAUGUGGUGGUUUUGCAGUUUGUGAUGUUUCCCAUUCACAAGUGUGUAGGUGCAUACAAGGGUUUGAACCAACGGAUAUGAAUAGUUGGAAAAACGGAAAUUGGUCAAAAGGGUGUAAGAGAAUGACUCCAUUGAAGGCUGAGACAGGUAGUAAUAGUUCUGGUGAAGAUGGUUUUUUGGUGCAAAGGGAUUUGAAGUUACCUGAUUUUGCACAUUUGGUGAAUGCUGUUGAUACUAAUGAAUGUGAAAAUAAUUGUCUGAAGAAUAGUUCUUGUACUGCAUAUGCAAAUGCUAUUGGAAUUGGAUGCAUGAUUUGGUUUGGGGAGUUAGCUGAUGUUCAAAGUUUAGAAAAUUAUGGAAAUGCACUUAAUAUCCGUCUUGCUGAUUCUGAUUUAGGUGAUGGAAAGAAAAAGACCAAGAUUUGGAUAAUACUAGCUGUUGGGGUGGGACUGAUUUGCCUUGGAAUCUUUGCAUGGCUAAUAUGGAGGUUUAAGAGAAAAUUCAAAGUUUCCUCAACUACUUGUUCCAACACUAAUGGUGAUGAUCAACCAAUUUCUGAACCAAUAAGGAGUAAAGACUUAUCAGCAGAAUUUUCAGGAUCAGUUGAUCUAAGCUUGGUAGGGAAUCCGCUGAGUGGUGCAGAACUUUCAUUGUUCAGUUUUAGUAGCAUUGUAAUAGCAACAAACAAUUUCUCAGAAGAAAAUAAGCUUGGACAAGGUGGAUUUGGUCCUGUCUACAAGGGAAAGCUUCCAGAGGGAGAACAAAUUGCUGUCAAGAGGCUUUCAAAACAGUCUAGCCAAGGUUCAGAAGAGUUCAAGAAUGAAAUGAUGCUAAUAGCUAAAUUACAGCAUGUAAAUCUUGUUAGACUAUUAGGAUGUUCAAUUCAAGGGGAAGAAAAGUUACUGGUAUAUGAAUACAUGCCAAACAAAAGUUUGGACUUCUUUUUAUUUGAUCCAGUGAAGCAAACAAAACUCGAUUGGACGAGACGUUUUGAAAUUAUCGAGGGCAUAGCAAGAGGACUACUUUAUCUUCACCGAGAUUCACGACUUAGAAUCAUCCAUAGAGAUCUAAAAGCAAGCAACAUUUUGUUGGAUGAAAAUAUGAAUCCAAAAAUUUCAGACUUUGGUUUGGCAAGGAUAUUUGGGGGAAACCAAAAUGAAGCCAAUACAGCUAGAGUAGUUGGUACAUAUGGAUAUAUGUCUCCAGAAUAUGCAAUGGAAGGUCUAUUUUCGAUCAAAUCAGAUGUCUAUAGUUUUGGCGUACUACUACUAGAGAUUGUGAGUGGCCGCAAAAACACCAGCUUUCGUCAUUCAUAUGAUCCAAGUCUCAUAGGAUAUGCAUGGCGUCUAUGGAGUGAAGAGAGAGUAAUGGAGCUUGUUGAUCCUUUAAUCCGUGAUUCAAGUCCAAAGAGUAAAGCUAUGAGAUGCAUACACAUUGGAAUGUUAUGUGUGCAAGAUUCAGCAACACAUAGACCAAACAUGUCGUCAGUGUUGUUAAUGCUAGAAAGUGAGUCAACAACUCUUCCUUUGCCAAGUCAACCUUUGGUUACUUCCAUGAGAAGAUAUACAGAUACAGAAGAAUUUCAUACCCAACAAGAUUCUUCGUAUGAUAUCACAGUGAGUGACAGUGUAGUCACAGGGAGAUAGAAAAACAACUAGUGCCAUAUCAUACCAUUAUGUACAAGUUCAUUUCUGCUCUACGAGUCCCUUCGUGAUAUCAAAAUUAAUCUCACAAUACGUUUUUUUGUGUAGAAUAAUACGUUUGAUUGUUAACAUAGGACCUACCUUUAUUUAAUUGUUAACAAUUGUAUAUAUGUUUUCAACAAAGAUAUGAUAUUAGAUUUAAUAACAUGAGAAAUUUCUUACUGCAAAAA